AUGCAUGCUUCUUCAUCCUUCAUGCCCCGCAAUGCCAAAGAUGUGGAGAGGCCAGACAGGCACUUUCAGGAAAGUGAUGAUGACGCCAGGAAGGGCGGCACCUCAGACAAAAUAGCCCUGGUGGUGGACGGAGCCCGAGAUGACACGCAAGUGGAAAAUAUUCUGGGAGAAUGCAGGAUAACUGUAAGGAAAAGCAUUUUCAAGUCUAAUCUUUGGAUCAAAAGAACUCUUGAAGUUAUGAUUGCUUCACAGUAUCUCUCUGCUCUCACUUUCGUGCUUCUGCUGUUUAAAGAAAGUAGAACCUGGUCUUACCAUGCAUCCAAGGAAAACAUGACUUUUGAGGAGGCCAGAGAUUAUUGCCAGAAAACUUACACAGCUCUAGUUGCAAUUCAAAACCAGGAAGAGAUUAAAUACCUGAACUCCACAUUCAGCCAUUCACCAAGUUACUACUGGAUUGGAAUCAGAAAGAUCAACGAUAUAUGGACCUGGAUAGGGACCAAUAAGUCUUUGACCAAAGAAGCCACAAACUGGGCUCCAGGUGAACCAAACAAUAAGCAAAGUGAUGAGGACUGUGUAGAGAUCUACAUUAAGAGAGAAAAGGACUCAGGCAAGUGGAAUGAUGAGAGAUGCACCAAAAGGAAGCUCGCCUUGUGUUAUAAAGCUGCCUGUACCCCCACACCCUGCAGCAGCCAUGGUGAAUGUGUAGAGACCAUUAACAACUACACUUGCCAGUGCCACCCUGGCUUCAAGGGCCUCAAAUGUGAGCAAGUUGUGACCUGUCAGGCACAGAAGCAUCCUGAGCAUGGACAUCUGGUUUGCAACCCUUUGGGGAAAUUCAUCUACAACUCUUCCUGCUCCGUCAGCUGUGCAGAGGGCUACCUCCCGAGCAGCACGGAGGCCAUGCGGUGCACGUCCUCUGGAGAAUGGAGUGCUCCUCUCCCAACCUGCAAUGUGGUUAAGUGUGAUGCUUUGUCAAAUCCGGACAAUGGAGUUGUAAACUGUUCCCAAAACCAUGGAAGCCUCCCAUGGAAUACCACCUGUACGUUUGAGUGUCAGGAAGGAUAUAAACUCACUGGACCCCAGCACCUACAGUGUACCUCCUCUGGGAUUUGGGACAACAAGCAGCCAACAUGUAAAGCUGUGACAUGUGCAGCCAUCAGCCAUCCUCAGAAUGGCACUGUGAACUGUAGCCACUCCUCGGCUGGAGAGUUCGCUUUCAAGUCAUCCUGCCACUUCGAUUGCACAGAGGGCUUCGUGUUGCAGGGGCCACCCCAGGUUGAAUGCACUGCCCAGGGACAAUGGACACAGCAGGUCCCGGUUUGUGAAGUGGUACGAUGUUCACAUUUGGACGUUUCUGGAAAGCUCAACAUGAGCUGCAGUGGGGAGCCCGUGCUUGGCACUGAGUGUAGGUUUGCAUGUCCUGAAAGAUGGACGCUCAACGGCUCUAUAGUGCUGACCUGCGGUGCCACAGGACACUGGUCUGGGAUGCUGCCAACCUGUGAAGCUCCCACUGUGUCCCAAACUCCCUUGGCAGUUGGACUUUCUACUGCUGGAGUCUCCCUUGUGACAAUACCAUCAUUUUUCUUCUGGCUUCUGAAACGCCUUCGGAAGAAAGCAAAAAAAUUUUCUCCUACCAGCAGCUGCUCAAGCCUGAAAUCAGAUGGAUGCUACCCAGCACCUUCUGAGUUAAUUUAA